AUGCCACAUAAAAAUAAAGUGUGCGUUGGGCGAAUUAUCCAUCACGAUGCGAGUGAAACACAUUUGCAAACCAUUAGGCGUCGACUGAUCCUUAUCCGUGGAGUUUCACAUAUCACUCGCCGCACAGCACAGAGGGGCAAACCGCGUGCAGACGCCAGGGCGGGCGGGCGAUCACUGGAAGCUACCCGGGCAUCCCCGCCCCGCGCCGCCCUAACUCAUCUCCACGGGAAAAUCUCUAUUAUUUUAUUGGGAAAGCUAAUGAGACGGGAUCCAUCGACCGACAAUCGUCCCAAGGGAGCAAAUCUGACUAAACUCGAUAGUUCUCUUAUUUCGAUGAUCCGGUAUCGAUUAACCCCGACUUCGCCGAUUACACGCCGCUUCAUCAUUCGCUAA